ACCAAAUGAAUUAUCCUUUUAAGGAACUUCAAUUGUGUUAGUAUAGUUCUAUCUCAAUUCAAAUAAUGAUUUUCAGUUAUUUUUAUGUCGCGCGUGGACUUCAUUUGAGAGUUGCAGCUGUGCAGCAGCACUCAUCACCUCAUUUUUCUAAUGAUUUACAGCGGAUUUUCUUCUUUUAGUCUUCUCGGGAACUGAAUUAUCAAGUAAUGUUUCUACAUUAUCCUACCUAAACUUCAGAAAAACGAGAAAAUAUCUCAACAAUUGAAAACGUUUUCUAGACACUGCACUCUAACGACUGAUGAUAUCGAGAGUUCAUAAUGUAAUUGUCGAUUAUUUUCCGUGCCAUCUUUUCAAUUUGCCAAUUCCCCUUAUAGAAUAUGUCGCACACAAAACUUGUACUUGCUCUAUUGGGUCCUAGAGUCCUUUUUUUAUUAUCGGAGUUUUGUAGUAUUUUCAUUCUUCCAAAUGAUACGGUUUAAAAAUGCUUUGGGAACUGUGCUGACAUGACGCAGAGCCGACAGUUUCUAUCUUCAGAUUGUCAAGUUUCAGGCGUCAAAACGAAAGUGGGCUUCCCCAAUAUAUAGGUCGAUAUAAGAAAGCUCUGGGUGGCUAGUUUGUAACUAUAGUUGAUUACCGCCUCUUGAUCUUGGCUUCAUCAUUUUCCAGUUGUAAAGGCUCCCCCUCAUUGCAACAUUUUGGAUCAAAUUCGUCUGGCAACCGAAUUACAAUGUGUUCCUGUUUACUUCGCAGCAGACCUGUUUAAAGGGCAGCCUACGCAUUAAACAUGAAUUCAACACCAUUUGAAUCGGUGCCAUUUGAGGCAGAGCCCACCCAACCGUCAACAGAAAGUCACAGUUUCCAAGCGUCUAUUCAAAUAGUCGUGAACUUGGUUUUCGUGGUUCUUGGUAUUCCAGGCAACGUUUUAGCUAUAAUAUUCGUCUGGAAGAAAAGUGAUGGUUCUCUCUCACCCAUAAUCCCGUUCCUACUCAACUUAGCUGCGGCAGACCUACUGGUUCUUACCGUUUACAUUCCAUUUUACAUCGCCUACGAGGCCGCAGAAUUUGAAUGGCCAUUUGGCGCUGUCCUCUGCAAAGCUGUUUUCUCAUUGACGCACAUCUGCAUGUACGCCUCGCUGGCGACACUAACGGCAAUAGCUGUUGAGAGAUAUUCAAUAACAUUUUGCGACGGGAUCAGAAGAAAAACUGUCAAAUAUGUCAUCGUUAUCAUUUGGAUCACUGCUAUUUGUCUCAGUAUUCCUCAAAUGGUCUAUCUAAAGACAAUUCAAAUUGAUCCUUUUGAAGAGUUCGAAGAAGGCGAAGAAGAGUUAUUGGAAGGGGGAAGGAUGGAACAAGAAGAAGCCAGAUACAUCUGCGAGAUCGAAUGGCCACACCCAAAUUUGGAGAAAAUCCUCCAACCUAUCGACGCAGUUAUUCUGUAUUUAAUUCCGCUAUCUUUUAUUUUUGUUAUUUAUAUUAAGAUUAUCACCAAGCUGCGCUCGAUUGAUCGUAAACAACUCCCUCCCGCGCGUUUAGUUUUUGUGAAGCAGCGGCAGCGCGCGGUUUGCAAGAUGGCCACCGUCAUCGUGAUCUUUGCAUUAUGUCACCUUCCCAUUCACGCGUUCCAUCUUCUCCGCGUGUUCUUCUUUGAAUCCUGGCUCGUUCUCGUGUCCGCGUACCCGUGGAUUUUCACACUGCCCGUCAACCUAGUGCUCGUGACACACGUGGUGAACCCGCUGGUCUACGGCUCACUUCACCACUGCUUCGUGUGCGGCGUGCAAUUUCUCCAAUUAAUGUGCACGGAUUGCCGCUUCAAACCUGCAAAGGCUUUUUCCCUUCUCAUUCGUAAGAGCAACACUCAACAAACCCCUCUUAAGAACAAACGGAGUUCUGUGCAAAGAUAACAGCCUUUAUCACCGAGAUGUACGGAAACAUUUUACAUAGAACCGCGAGGAAACACUUUUAGGGCCAUCUACGUCGAUACUACCUUUCUCGUUAUAAGCAUCAAUUUACCUGAGAACAAUAAUUCCAUGCUAGAACCCUAAAGAUAUAAUAAAUUAAUAUGUGU